AUGGCGCGCGCGUUUGUUCUAAGCAGUCUGGGAUUUGUAGUUCUCCUUCCGUCGCUCCUGGACUCACUAAACCAGAAGCAACUUCAAGCGAGGACCCUUUCUACCAGUGAUGAUGUCGAAGACAGAGAAAAUGAGAAGGGUCGCCUUGAAGAAGCCUAUGAGAAAUGUGACCGUGACCUAGAUGAAUUGAUUGUGCAGCACUACACAGAAUUGACGACAGCCAUUCGCACAUAUCAGAGCAUCACAGAGCGCAUCACUAACUCCCGAAAUAAAAUCAAACAGGUGUCAGCAGUAGAGUCUUUGGAGGGUUCCCUGCUCCAGGUAGAAGGAUUGAGUGAUCUCAGGCUGGAGCUUCACAGCAAGAAGAUGAACCUCCACUUGGUUCUUAUAGAUGAGCUGCACAGGCAUCUGUACAUCAAAUCCACUAACCGAGUUGUGCAGCGUAACAAGGAAAAAGGGAAAAUGAGCUCCCAUGUGAAAGAUGCUUCUCCUGGUCCUCUGAUUGAUGUUACAAACCUCCCUACUCCACGCAAAUUCCUUGAUGCUGCUCAGUAUUCUGCGGGAAGCUUAAGUGUGAAGGAGAUCAACCUGCAGGACAUCAAGGAGGACUUGGAUAUGGAUCCAGAGGAGAACAGCACCCUUUUCAUGGGAAUUCUUAUCAAGGGGCUGGCCAAACUGAAGAAGAUCCCAGAGACAGUUAAGGCAAUCAAAGAGCGAUUGGAGCAGGAGCUGAAGCAAAUUGUGAAGAGGUCUACUACCCAGGUGGCAGACAGUGACUAUCAGAGGGGGGAAAACUUCACUGUGGAGAACCAACCAAGGUUACUUCUAGAGUUGUUGGAGCUGCUGUUUGACAAGUUCAAUGCUGUGGCCACUGCACAUUCUGUGGUCCUGGGGUACCUGCAGGACUCUGUUGGGACUCCAGUGACUCAGCAGGAAGAGAUCAAAUUGUAUGAUAUGGCAGAUGUGUGGGUGAAGAUCCAAGAUGUGCUGCAGAUGCUGUUGACUGAGUACUUGGAUAUGAAAAACACUCGUACGGCCUCUGAACCAUCAGCUCAACUAAGCUAUGCCAGUACUGGACGAGAGUUUGCAGCGUUUUUUGCUAAGAAGAAACCUCAGAGGCCAAAAAAUUCGCUUUUCAAGUGAG